UGUCCGUCAUGCUUCUUGGCGGGUUAGAACGAACUGGAACAUCAAAGAAGUAAAAAAAAGAAAAAAAAAAAAGUAACAUGAAAAUAACUUUUGAAUAAGCUUUUGUGUGUUUUACAAUAUUUAUAAUAAAUGUUGUACUGUAAUACGUAUAGUGUAAAUAAAAUUUGAGAUUAAAACAAAUUGAAAUAGAAAAAUUAAAACUUUAAUGAGAAUGGCAGGUAGUAGCGAACUUUGGAUACAAUGUUUUACAUGUUGUUUGUAUCAGCAAGAACCUCGUUCACGAAAUGGAAAACAUAAGACCCAUCACAGACUUAGGAUAGAUCGAAGCAUGAUAGGAGAACCUACAAAUUUUCGGCAUACAGGACAUAUAAGUAGCGAUGAUUUCAAUAUGACUGGAGAUUGCUUAUCUACUAUUCAAGAAAGAAUGCAACAUAAAGGAGGUUAUGAUACUUCCAUUAGUGUUAAGGCAUAUUGAUAUGUAUUACAAAGUAUUUGAACAAACUGCCAGAGUAUUAAUGGAAGGAAUGAAUCGACUGACUUUUUAUCAGUGAUGUAUUUACUUCCGGACUUCACAAGCCCGUAGCACAAUGCACUAUGCACAGUGAUGCAUUUUUUAAAAAUGUUUUUAUAGAAUAAUGUCUUAAUAGAAAGGGUACUUUUCUUAGCGUCAUUUAUUACAGACGAGAUCUCAAAAGGAUUAAACAAAUAAUCUUAUAUGAAGUUAAAAAGAGUGUACGAGUCUUGGUCAUAUACGUGAAAAUUGAUAUAUUUUGAUUUAUUGCAUAGACUUCUAAGAUUAUGAAUGUAUUUAUAUAUUAAUGAAUUUUUCCACGUUGAUUUAUACCUUGAUUACUUUAAUUUGUAAGUGUAACCUAGUAAAUAAAAUAAACGAUUGUAUAUAACAAAA